AUGUCAAAUCUUAUGGCAAACAAUAAUCACAGUUUUGGUAGCACAAACGCUGACAAAGUGCCAUCACAGAAUACUACAUUACCAAAAUCUCAGCCAGUACGCCUCUUGCAUUUGUGUGAGAGCGACGAUGAUGAUGAUGAUGACGAAAGCGAAGAGAAACCCAUGAAUCUGAAGAUUUAUCAGAUUUGGAUGAGUCAGGAGGAAAAAUCACAGGAUUCUCAUAACUGUACGUUAACUUCCUCAAGGAGCCAAUCUAGCAUUACUCAGAACUUGUCAACAGAACUGAGUUACUUCUUCCACCAUCUUACAAAGAAAUCCCCAUUACAUGCUCAGUCGCAUCACGAAAAUGUUUACAUAUCUGAUAUGUCGAAUAAGAAAAAGGAGGAACACUCUUAUAACACAUUGAUUGAUAAUAAACUGCUGCACAGGAAUAACGAGCAUUUGAAUUUAAGUAAGGAGGACCAGCGCAUAUCCAAGCACGAAGCGAACGAAAAGUGUACACCGGCGAAAAACCCUGCACUGUGCACACAUGUGAAAUCAAGUACACCAUCGUUGAAUGAAAUUCAGGGAACAUCGUUACCUACUCCGAUUAAUCGUUUGGUUUUGGAGACUCCAUUGAAACAUUCGCAAGUCGGUUCAAUGCAUCCGAAUCCAUGCGCAUCUCAUAAACAGCUAUUUCGAACUCCGCAGAAUAAAUUGUCCGACAAUUCAAGCAAAAAUUGCAUUCAGACGCCUUCCACGAUAUUGUCCAGUUGGUGCUACAAUAAUACAAGACAUACACCAUUGGAGGGAAAGAAUCUCGUUGCAAAAGAUCACAUGCAAAUAUCUAGAAAUACGAUCUGUACGCCUGUCGUAGAGAAUUCGGACUUGGCGAG